CCUUUUCAAAUUUACUUCACAAUUUGUUUCGUGCGUCGACUAUUUUUUUUCAUUGUACGUCAAUACACAAAUAUUUCCGCAAGAUUUUCAUAUGGAAAUAAAAAACAACAAUAAACUUCAUUAACAUUUACAAGACAUGUAGUUUAAUUGUUUUUAAAGACGUCAUAGAAAUUCAUAAUAUUUUUUAGUGUAAUUCCGAUAGCCAUCUCUCGAUAUGUAAGCGUUAUUCAAAUAGCUUGUGUGUGUGCGCGUGUGUGUGCGUCCGUCUGUCUCUGCAUCGGUGUGUCUAUUUCUCGUUGUGAUCAAACGUCGCGGUGCCCGCACCAAUGUUCCAGGUGCGAUGAAUCAUACAUAUUCGAACAAGCGUUUGUAAAUAUAUAACAAGCGUAGCAAAUAGAAAUUAAAAACUUUUUGCUGCUAGAAACCAACAACAGAGCAGUGUCCAAUUAGUGACAAAAGAGCGAAAAAUGCAUUUUCGAAAAGCUGUGCUAACAAGGUAGAAUGUGUACAAAUUGUUAAAAAAAAAAAAAACAUAAGGCAAAGUAGCUGCUCAACGAAGAUAGGAAAAAGUCUAAAGUUGAACUCAAGGCUGAAAUACCAUUCGUUACCCAAAGCAAAAGUGUGAAAGUUAGGCGUACACCAACUUGACGGAAUCUUGGGGCUCUACUACAGAAGCUAGGGUAUCUCUUUGUUGGUGCCGAACGCAAAAAUGAAAAUGGUUAAACUAUUCUUCAGCUCACAAAGGAAAUGUCAGAAAAAUGUUAACGGCAAUAUAAUUAAAUAAAUUGGCUUAAAACGGUGCUUGCAACACUCAAUAUAAAACUCCUAGUAAAUAUUUAGUCCUUGCAACAUUUGUCAUAAGCCUUGCAGCAACAAGUGUUCGAGUACAAAGCGUCAAGGUACAUAAUCAUCAGCGUUCUUCUGCCCGCCCAAAAAUGGCACUACACGUUCCACACAAUUCGUGCACCAACAACAACAGCUGCACCGCUGCAGUGACCAACAAUAAGCCAUUGACACCAACAAAAACCACCGUCAGGCUUUUUGGUAGCAAUAGUAAUAGUGAUUGUGCCAAUCACUCACCGAACGGUAGCAUCGGUAAUGUUAAUUGCAGCAAUAACAAUAAAAAUUACAACAAUUUAAGCAACAAUGUUGAGCAGCUUGUCAAUACAGCGUUGAAGGCUUUACAUUUGCCGCAAUGUGUUGGUGGUGGCGGUGUUGUUGCCGGCGGUGGUAGUAGCAAGAAAACAACCACAAAUAAAUUGAAAUUGAAUGGUGACAAUAAACUAGCAUUGGUGAUCAAAAAGCGUACGAAAAAUUUUGACAAUAAUGAUGAGCUAGCAGUGUUGGAUGGCGUUGAUGUUGAUGGUGAUUUGGAAGACAACAAUGAGCUGACAGCGACGAAUGACGAUGGUGAAGUGCAAAUGCGUUGCGCUUGUCCGGCAAAUAAUAAAAAUAAAAAUAAUAAAAAAUCGAAUGCCACGAAUAAUAUCAAUAGUAAUAAUAAUAGCAAUAACAGAAGUAUGACAGUUACAACCACAUUUCGUAGCAGCAGCACAUCAGCGCUCAUGACAGCUGGUCAUAUGCGGCCGCAAACAUUGAAUGUACAUCACUUGCGUGAAACGCCAACGGAUCAAACGCAGAUUUUCAUACGAGAAGUACUAAACGCUUGGCGUGCCAAAGCGCGUUGCAAUGUUGUGCCGGCAGAACGUACACAGGAGCUUUUCCAUGAACUGAGCUUUCAUCCUAGUGAAAAGCAAAUAAGCGAAAUGCUACAAACAGCCAAAUUGUUGGCGCGUAAAGGCAGUCGUCAAUCGAAUGGACUCACUUUCGGUGAAUUUUGUGUGCUGGCAGCAGAUCUGAAACGCUUUCGCACAUCGACAUUCUCACCGUCGAUUUGUGACAAGGUAAAUCUAUUAAGCUCUCUACAACAAGAAAACAAUGACAAUAUCAAUCGUGCUGCUGGUAGCCUUUUACCCAACAUCGAGGCAAAUAACAGUAACGCAUGCAAUACAAUUUCGGCGGGCACCGAACUGCGUAGUACAAAAUCCCUAAGUAAUGUCGAAGACUGCAAACGUAAAUUGUCCAAGGGUGAUACAUCGGCACCGGUUGAGGUAUUCCUAGGCGGUUCAUGUAAUCCCACCACCUGGCGGGCCGAUGUAGCUAUACCAGCGUUGAACGAACUUGGCAUUUCAUUUUAUAAUCCUCAAGUUUCUGAUUGGACGCCUGAUCUCAUCGAGCUGGAGCAUCGCGCCAAAGAGAAGGCGCGUGUUUUGUUCUUCGUUAUGGAUUCGGAGACGCGCGCAUCUGCUGGUGCCAUUGAGGCGGCACAUAUAGCGGGUCAAAACUGCAAGCAGCUGGUGUUGGUACUACAUCCAUAUAAACGUAAUCAAUCGAUUCUUAAUGAGCAAAUAUCCCAGCAAGAAUACAUUGACCUCCGGCGCAAUCAGUUAAUAUUGAAGGAGUUGGUCACACGUCGUGGCCUACCAGUUAUGGAUGAUAUACCAUCGGGUCUACAGCGCACCAAAGACAUUUUGGCUGGCAUUAGAGAUCCACCCUCGAAUAUCGCAACGAUUUUAGUUGUAGUACGUGGCGCUUUUGAUCGUGUUAAUCCCGUUAACGGCGUCAUUACAGUUGUACAAUGUCAACGCGCUCUCUUAUACUUAGGUUACGCUCAGAGUCUAGUUAAAUUAGACAAUUUAAAUAAGAUAAUAGCUUCACAACGUGAAACAUUGGAAGCGCUACAGAAACGCAGUUCGAAAUCAGGUGCUCAGCGUGAGAUUGCGAGUGGUAAUGCUACGAAGAAAAGCUCAUCCUCAUCUUCGACCUCAUCGUGCGGCUCAGACACACCAACCGCUUCGGUUAGCGAAACGACAGAUGUUGAUUUUGAUUUAUUCUGCGUAAUUUCCGCAUAUCUCUCCGUGUUGCAGCAAGAAAUUCAAGAGAGUGGUUGCAUAUCGCCAAUAAAAGGCACAAAUGUACCACCACCGCCGGUCUAUCUAACCAAUAUGCAAGGCGACGAAAGUAAUUUCGCUAUCAGCUACUUUACAAGCAAGAAUAUUUCACGCACCUCCAGUCAAACCAGCGUACCUGGUAGCGAUGAGCAGCGUCAGAGCAGCAGUGAUUUAUUGAGUCGCAGUCGUGAUAGCGGCACUUCAUCACCCCAACCCUUGGAUCAACCAAUGAAAUCACGCUCGGGCGCUCAGUUGGGUAAAGCAAAGACAAAAAUUCUUGUCAACAUCGAAUCUAUAGAAACAACCGAAAUAACAACAACGAUCCAAACUGCUCAUACACCACCAACACCACCUAACAUGUCUACAACUACCGCAACAGCUUACCCGAUUUUGAGUGCAGCCACUGCAACGCAUCCGCUUGCGCAAAUAAACACCAGCGCCGCCGCCGCACAAAUGCACUCCUCGUACAUUGGUACGGAUGGCAGCGCGAUGAUAACAGCAGAGGAUGAAAGUGAUUCAAAUGAUUCGGUGUUCUCAUCAAGCAGUUCCAUCAAUUCGGUUAAUUGCAAUUAUGGUGGCAAUGAAAUGCUCACUUUCGCUGGCGCAGAUUUUCGAGAUGUUUACUUGGGUGGCAGUUGCUUUUUACGUACGAAAUGGCGACAGGAUAUUGCUAUGCCAUAUUUGAAGAGUAAGAGCAUCACUUUUCACAUACCAGCUUUGCACGAGAGCUUACCAGCAACACAGUUAGACUUGCCGGAUAAAGUAUUUGAGGAACAACCACGUCCAUUGGGCGCGCAAGAGAAGUCGCUAAAACGCACACGCCGAAAAUAUCGUGGUGCUGCUUUGGAGGAGGAGGAAGAAGAAGAGUUGACUGUCUCCGAGGAAACCUAUAGUUGGGCGCUACCACCAAUGCGUCCUAGCCUCUAUAAUCCUUCGCUGCUGGAUGGGAGCCGCGUACUGCUGUUUGUCAUCACUAAUGAGACACGUUCGUUGGCGCCAAUGACGCUAGCAGCACACUGUAUUGGCCUUAUGUACAAUGUCGUUUUGGCAGUGCAAAUGUUGCCUGAGGAUUGUGUGAUUAAUAAUGAAAAGCUCACACCGGCUGCUAUUAAAGAUUACAAUCGCGGUCGUUCGUAUCUAAUCGAUUUAGCCAAACGUCAAGGUGUGCCCGUUUUCAACGAUUUGAAGGCAGCUUUAGAAUGUACUGUGGAUAAGAUAAAAGCGUGUAACUCUAGAAGCAGCAACCGUUAUGAUUGAUAUUCUCAAACUGACACAAGUAGCUAUUCAGAACAACUAGAGAUUAUUAUUGGUUAAAUCAAAUGAAACUGAAACUAGAGUAUGACGCAGCAUUUUCUCUGCGGCAACCAGAAAUUUUUGCAUACCACAAGUACCUACAACAACAUACAAACAUACUACAUACAUAAAUGGGCAGCAAAUUUUUAGCAGAAUUUUUCAACACUAUAUACUAUGCAUAUGACUACUACAUAAAUAAAUACAUAAUAUACAAUACAUAAAUUAUACUUUAAUUAUAACCGAUUCUACGUGAAUUCAACUUUUACUUAACUACAUUUUUAUUAGUUUAAUAGUUAUUAUAUAAAUGAUGAUGAUGCUUCAAAUACUAUUCAAAUAUAGUUAUUAAGCUGAUAAAUGAAUGAAUUGAACGUGUAUACGUAAUAUUGUACACGUUAGGAUGCCUUAACUGUGUACGCCAAGCUACUAAAACAAAAACACAAUAGAAUGUAAGUCUUUAUAUAGUUUAAACUAAUUGAUUAUUUCUAAUAUAACUGUAAAACCAAUCGUCUUGGAAAAUAUGCCUAAAUAUGUGUAUACAUAAAACAAAAAAAAAAAA